AUGACCGAAGACUCCGAUUCGAUAUCUGAGGAAGAACGUAGUUUGUUCCGUCCUUUCACCCGUGAAUCAUUACAAGUUAUAGAAGCACGAAUUGCCGAUGAAGAAGCCAAACAACGCGAAUUGGAAAGAAAGCGAGCCGAGGGGGAGGUAAAUUGUAGUGAUUUUGGUCGGAAGAAAAAGAAAAAAGAAAUACGCUACGAUGACGAAGAUGAGGAUGAAGGCCCCCAACCGGAUCCUACACUUGAACAGGGAGUUCCGGUCCCAGUUCGAAUGCAAGGAAGCUUCCCUCCGGAAUUGGCCUCCACGCCUCUCGAGGAUAUCGACGGAUUUUAUUCGAAUCAAAGAACCUUCGUAGUAGUUAGCAAAGGAAAAGAUAUUUUUCGUUUCUCCGCCAGCAACGCAUUAUAUGUACUUGAUCCGUUCAAUCCUAUACGUCGUGUAGCUAUUUAUAUUUUAGUACAUCCACUGUUUUCAUUUUUUAUAAUAACGACCAUUCUUGUUAAUUGUAUAUUGAUGAUUAUGCCUAGCACGCCCACAGUCGAAUCUACCGAGGUGAUAUUCACCGGCAUCUACACGUUCGAAUCAGCUGUAAAAGUGAUGGCGCGAGGUUUCAUAUUACAACCGUUUACUUAUCUUAGAGAUGCAUGGAAUUGGUUGGACUUCGUAGUAAUAGCAUUAGCAUAUGUAACUAUGGGAAUAGAUUUGGGUAAUCUCGCUGCAUUGAGAACAUUCAGGGUAUUACGAGCUCUCAAAACAGUAGCCAUCGUUCCGGGCUUAAAAACCAUCGUCGGAGCUGUCAUUGAGUCCGUGAAAAAUCUCAGAGAUGUGAUAAUUUUAACGAUGUUUUCGUUAUCCGUGUUUGCUUUAAUGGGGCUGCAGAUCUAUAUGGGUGUGCUAACGCAAAAGUGCAUCAAGGAGUUCCCAAAGGACGGUUCCUGGGGUAAUCUAACCCACGAAAGUUGGGAGCUGUUCAACAGCAACGAAACGAAUUGGUUCUAUUCCGAAAGUGGUGAUCUUCCUCUUUGUGGAAAUUCGUCUGGCGCAGGGCAAUGUGAUGAAGGUUACAUUUGUUUACAAGGUUACGGUAAAAAUCCAAAUUACGGGUAUACAAGUUUUGAUACAUUCGGAUGGGCAUUCUUGUCUGCCUUUCGUCUAAUGACUCAAGAUUAUUGGGAGAAUUUAUAUCAACUGGUGUUACGAUCAGCUGGACCGUGGCACAUGCUCUUCUUCAUUGUGAUUAUCUUCUUGGGUUCGUUUUACCUUGUAAAUUUAAUCUUGGCCAUUGUCGCCAUGUCGUACGACGAACUCCAGAAGAAGGCCGAAGAGGAAGAGGCCGCCGAGGAAGAAGCACUUCGGGAAGCGGAAGAGGCGGCUGCAGCUAAGGCAGCCAAACUGGAAGCGCAGCAAGCGGCUGCCGCGGCGGCUGCCAAUCCGGAAAUUGCCAAGAGCCCCUCAGACUUCUCCUGCCACAGCUACGAGCUGUUUGUUGGGCAGGAAAAAGGCAACGAUGACAACAAUAAGGAGAAGAUGUCCAUUCGGAGCGAAGGAUUGGAGUCGGUGAGCGAAAUCACAAGAACAACCGCACCAACAGCUACUGCAGCUGGCACUGCAAAAGCCCGUAAAGUGAGUGCGGCUUCACUUUCAUUACCCGGUUCACCAUUUAAUCUUCGUAGAGGAUCUAGAGGAUCACAUCAGUUUACGAUACGUAAUGGUAGAGGGCGUUUCGUUGGUGUACCUGGUAGCGAUAGAAAACCACUGGUACUCUCAACAUAUCUCGAUGCACAAGAACACCUGCCAUACGCCGAUGAUUCUAACGCGGUAACACCGAUGUCGGAAGAAAAUGGUGCAAUCAUCGUUCCUGUAUAUUAUGCUAAUUUAGGCUCGAGACACUCUUCAUACACGUCUCAUCAAUCGCGUAUUUCGUACACAUCGCACGGCGAUUUGCUUGGUGGUAUGACGAAGGAAAGCCGACUGCGCAAUCGAUCUGCGCGAAACACUAACCAUUCGAUCGUGUCUCCACCGAAUGUGACUAGCUUGCCCUAUGCCGACACCAACCACAAAGGACAGCGUGACUAUGACAUGUCACAGGAUUGCCCAGACGACGCUGCUAAGAUAAAACACAACGACAAUCCAUUCAUAGAGCCCGUUCAAACGCAAACUGUUGUAGAUAUGAAAGACGUCAUGGUAUUGAACGACAUUAUCGAGCAAGCUGCUGGACGGCAUAGUAGAGCUAGUGAUCACGGAGUCUCUGUUUAUUACUUCCCCACAGAGGACGACGAAGAAGAUGGUCCAACGUUCAAGGAUAAGGCCAUCGAGUUCCUGAUGAAGAUGAUCGACAUCUUCUGCGUGUGGGACUGUUGUUGGGUGUGGUUAAAGUUUCAAGAGGGUGUGUCGUUCAUUGUGUUUGACCCCUUCGUAGAGCUCUUCAUUACGCUCUGCAUUGUGGUUAACACUCUCUUUAUGGCGCUCGAUCACCACGACAUGGACCCGGACAUGGAAAAGGCUCUCAAGAGCGGUAACUACUUCUUCACCGCGACGUUCGCCAUCGAAGCCACCAUGAAGCUCAUUGCCAUGAGUCCGAAGUACUACUUUCAGGAGGGUUGGAACAUUUUCGAUUUCAUAAUCGUGGCUUUAUCGCUGCUUGAGUUGGGGCUCGAGGGUGUUCAGGGAUUGUCAGUAUUACGAUCGUUCCGUUUGCUAAGAGUGUUCAAGCUGGCAAAAUCGUGGCCAACACUCAACCUGCUCAUCUCAAUCAUGGGGCGCACGGUUGGUGCGCUUGGUAACUUGACCUUCGUGUUGUGCAUCAUCAUUUUCAUCUUUGCCGUGAUGGGGAUGCAACUUUUUGGCAAAAACUACACAGAUAACGUCGAUCGAUUCCCCGACCAUGAUCUGCCGCGGUGGAACUUUACCGACUUUAUGCAUUCCUUCAUGAUAGUAUUCCGGGUGCUGUGCGGUGAAUGGAUCGAAUCCAUGUGGGAUUGCAUGCUGGUGGGCGAUGUGUCGUGCAUUCCGUUCUUCUUAGCAACCGUAGUUAUAGGAAAUCUAGUCGUGCUCAAUCUUUUCUUAGCUUUGCUUUUGUCCAAUUUCGGUUCAUCUUCGCUGUCGGCCCCGACGGCCGACAAUGAGACGAACAAGAUUGCCGAGGCGUUCAACCGGAUAUCGCGCUUCUCGAACUGGAUCAAGCUGAACAUCGCGAAUGCACUCAAGUUCGUCAAAAACAAGUUAACAAGUCAAAUUGCGUCCGUGCAGCCAGCAGGUGAGCAGCACAAUCAUCUCAGUUGGAUAUGGAAAGAAGGCAAAGGGGUAUGUCCAUGUAUAUCUGCAGAGCAUUGUGAAAAUGAGCUGGAACUUACUCCUGACGACAUACUGGCCGAUGGAUUGCUGAAAAAAGGCGUCAAAGAGCACAACCAGCUGGAGGUGGCGAUCGGAGACGGUAUGGAGUUCACAAUUCACGGAGACCUGAAAAACAAGGGCAAGAAGAACAAACAGCUGAUGAACAACUCGAAGGAUGACGAUACUGCCAGCAUUAAGUCAUAUGGCAGCCACAAGAAUCGCCCAUUCAAGGACGAAAGCCACAAAGGCAGCGCCGAAACGAUGGAGGGCGAAGAGAAGCGGGACGCCAGCAAGGAGGAUCUAGGAAUUGACGAAGAACUCGAUGAUGAAGGUGAAGGCGAGGAAGGUCCACUAGAUGGGGAGUUGAUUAUCCACGCCGAGGAGGAUGAGGUGAUCGAGGACUCGCCAGCCGACUGCUGCCCCGAUAACUGCUACAAAAAGUUCCCCGUUCUCGCCGGCGAUGAUGAUGCGCCGUUCUGGCAGGGUUGGGGAAACUUGCGCCUCAAAACGUUCCAGCUUAUCGAGAACAAGUACUUCGAGACUGCUGUCAUCACGAUGAUUCUGUUGAGCAGCUUAGCUUUGGCACUGGAAGAUGUACAUCUUCCACAUCGACCAAUUCUUCAAGACAUACUGUACUACAUGGACAGAAUCUUCACGGUGAUAUUUUUUUUAGAGAUGUUAAUCAAAUGGUUGGCCCUAGGCUUCAAAGUAUACUUUACAAACGCUUGGUGUUGGCUCGAUUUUAUUAUUGUAAUGGUGUCUUUAAUAAACUUCGUUGCCUCGCUUUGUGGGGCUGGUGGUAUUCAAGCGUUCAAAACCAUGCGAACUCUUAGAGCCCUGAGACCGCUCCGUGCCAUGUCCCGUAUGCAGGGAAUGAGGGUCGUCGUCAACGCGCUGGUACAAGCUAUACCGUCCAUCUUCAACGUACUGCUGGUUUGUUUGAUAUUUUGGCUAAUUUUCGCAAUCAUGGGAGUGCAGCUGUUUGCCGGCAAAUACUUCAAGUGCGUGGAUAAGAAUAAGACAACAUUACCUCAUGAAAUAAUACCGGACGUGAACGCUUGCAAGGCCGAGAACUACACCUGGGAGAACUCGCCGAUGAACUUCGACCACGUGGGCAAGGCGUAUCUCUGCCUGUUUCAGGUCGCCACGUUCAAAGGAUGGAUACAGAUUAUGAACGAUGCUAUUGACUCUCGCGAUGUCGGAAAACAACCAAUACGGGAAACGAACAUCUACAUGUAUCUGUACUUUGUGUUCUUCAUCAUCUUUGGGUCGUUCUUCACGCUCAACCUGUUCAUCGGUGUGAUCAUCGAUAACUUCAACGAGCAGAAAAAGAAAGCUGGCGGAUCGCUGGAGAUGUUCAUGACGGAGGAUCAGAAGAAGUACUACAAUGCGAUGAAGAAGAUGGGCUCGAAGAAGCCACUCAAAGCCAUUCCCCGGCCACGGUGGAGACCACAGGCCAUCGUCUUCGAGAUAGUGACGAACAAAAAGUUCGACAUGAUCAUAAUGCUGUUCAUCGGCUUCAACAUGCUAACGAUGACGCUCGAUCACUACAAACAGUCGGAAACGUUCAGUGCGGUGCUGGACUACUUGAACAUGAUCUUUAUCUGCAUCUUCAGCAGCGAGUGUUUGAUGAAGAUCUUCGCCCUCCGGUACCACUACUUUAUCGAACCGUGGAACCUGUUCGAUUUCGUCGUAGUUAUUCUAUCAAUUCUAGGCUUGGUGCUAAGCGAUCUGAUUGAGAAGUACUUUGUGUCCCCCACACUGCUGCGAGUGGUGCGUGUCGCCAAGGUCGGCCGUGUCCUCCGGUUGGUCAAGGGCGCCAAGGGUAUCCGAACGCUACUGUUCGCGCUGGCCAUGUCGCUGCCGGCACUGUUCAACAUCUGCCUGCUGCUGUUCUUGGUCAUGUUUAUCUUCGCCAUCUUCGGCAUGUCGUUCUUCAUGCACGUCAAGGACAAGAGCGGCUUGGACGAUGUCUACAACUUCAAGACGUUCGGUCAGAGCAUGAUUUUGCUCUUUCAGAUGUCCACCUCCGCCGGGUGGGACGGUGUACUGGACGGAAUCAUCAACGAGGAAGAUUGCCUUCCGCCGGACAACGACAAGGGCUAUCCCGGAAACUGUGGAUCGUCCACGAUCGGCAUCACCUAUCUGCUCGCGUACCUGGUCAUCAGCUUCCUGAUCGUCAUCAACAUGUACAUCGCCGUUAUCCUCGAGAACUACUCGCAAGCCACGGAAGACGUGCAGGAGGGCUUGACGGACGACGACUACGAUAUGUACUACGAAAUCUGGCAACAGUUUGACCCGGACGGCACACAGUACGUCCGCUACGACCAGCUGUCGGACUUUCUGGACGUCCUGGAGCCACCGCUCCAGAUCCACAAGCCGAACCGGUACAAGAUCAUCUCGAUGGACAUUCCGAUCUGCCGCGGGGACAUGAUGUUCUGCGUCGACAUCCUGGACGCGCUGACGAAGGACUUCUUCGCCCGGAAAGGCAACCCCAUCGAGGAGACGGCCGAGCUGGGCGAGGUGCAGCAGCGGCCGGAUGAGGUCGGGUACGAGCCGGUCUCGUCGACGCUGUGGCGCCAGCGGGAGGAGUACUGCGCCAACCUGAUACAGCACGCGUGGAAGCGCUACAAACAGCGGCACGGUGGUGGCGGCGGCGGUGCCGGGACCACCGGGUCCGGCGACGACGCAGAUGCAGAUGCCUGUGAUAACGGUGACGGUGACGGGGCCGGCGGUAGUGACGUCGACGACGGUGACAGUGGCCACGGUGCUGCUGCGGGCACCGGCGGCGGCGGCGGCGGCAGCGGAGGCGGCGGAGGCGGCACUCCCGGUAGCGGCAAAAGUAAAGGAACACUCGGCGGUUCGCACGCCAACGUAGGAGGAGCAGUAGAGCAUAGUUUAUCGCCCAAGGAUUCGCCCGACGGUACCGGCGAUCCGCAGGGCCGGCAGACGGCCGUCCUCGUCGAGAGUGACGGAUUCGUGACCAAGAACGGUCAUCGCGUGGUCAUACACUCACGGUCGCCCAGCAUAACAUCGCGGACGGCGGAUGUCUGA